AUGGAGGAUCCCAGGGUUUGUGAUGGUUCUAACAUGAAUAAUGCUCUGUUCAAAAGUGAAAGGCUCCUUUGCUCUUCUGAAGUUCUUGAUUCUCUCUGGAUUACUAAUUCUUCUCCUUCCUUUCAUGGAUCUACAUCCAUGGUUAACUUCGAAAAUGCAGAGAGUUCAUUUUUCACACAGAUUGAUAAACAAGAAAAUGGCAAUGAUGAUUACGAUGGAAGCUUUCACCAGUCGGAGAAAAAAAGGCGGCUCGCGCCCGAUCAGGUUCAGUUUCUUGAGAAAAGUUUCGAGGUGGAAAAUAAGCUCGAACCGGAGAGAAAGCUCCAGCUUGCUAAAGAACUUGGAUUGCAGCCUAGGCAAGUUGCGAUUUGGUUCCAAAACCGUCGAGCCCGGUACAAAACGAAGAACUUGGAGAAAGAAUAUGAUUCUUUGAAACAAAGCUAUGAUAAACUUAAGGCAGAUUAUGACAGCCAUUUCAAAGAGAAUGAGAAACUGAAAAAUGAGGUUCGUUUGCUCAGGGAGAAGUUGCUUUCGAUGGACAAAGCAAAGCGAAAACCCGAACCAUUGGAUAAUGCAGAACCAAAGAAGCCAAAGCUUAGCCAUGUCUCUCCAAUAAUACCGGACGCUAGCUCUGUUAAAAGUUUUGGAGCACGACCCUUCCGACUUUUCUCAAGAUGA